AUGGUGAUAAAUACGCUGGAGGAUAAUUAUUUUAAGCAACUGGGACUUCUUUGAUCCCAACUUUUAAAAUCUAGCUGGCAUUAGAGUAAAGUUUGAAUUAGUUUUUUUUGUUUAAUUUACAGACCAUAAAUUAUUCUAGCUCUUCGUGUUUUAUAUUGUAAGGCUUUAAGAGUAAACAUACAACUAUUCUAAUAUUCUGUGUUAUUAUUAAGAACCGGUGGUGUGCGGUCAAAAAUGGACUCGAAGCGCGUCCCUGGCACAAGGUUCUGCUCGUCCUGCUCCAUUCCAGACACCAGAUGACGCUCUUGUCUCACUGUCCUGCAGUUUUUUUUGCGCCAAAGAUCCCUGGCAGGUCCCCAACAACCAUCAGCUCAAAGUUUACCGGACACGUUUCUCCUAUUCAUCAAUAUCCCCAUUGAGUAUCAAGCCAAUUUAUGACUGGCCAACAUGUGCACGUGAUCGCACACAAAUACCCCAUAUUUGGGCAACGCGCGCCGGAUCAAGAAUAAGAAAGAAAGAAAAAAAAAAGAUACCAAAGCCUACUCCACCUAUAAAUCCUGGAUUAUUUUUUUAGAACAGACAGCUGUGAAUUUUCCUAAAGCGGCUGCAAAGAAAAGCAAUGAUCAACAAAAACAAGGAAAUAACCACGAGACCCAUCCCGCAGCUCUGUCGAGUUUAGAAAGAAAAAAAAGUCUCGGCUUGUAGAUUUUCUCUUUUUUUUAAUGAGCUCUUAUGUUGAAAGCUCCACUCUCAGGCAAACAAACGAGACAACUUCUCCUAACAGCAUGUUUACUUUCGAUCUGUCUGGGCGCAGGUCCAGCCACUAUGAGGGUGUUAAUGUGAACGGGAUUUACUCCUGCCCCGUCCCCUCGACCUCUGUGGAACGGGAGGAGAUGAAAAGUAGCCUGCGUGGCGGCGCGGACACUCCUCUCCCCUCCGGACCCCAGAUAACCAUGGUGUCCGGCGGCUCGUCCGGGGACGCGGGCGGGUUGAGCUACGGCUGCGGCGCGCUGGUGGGACGCGGGGCGCACAGGGAGCCGGAGAGGAGCGCAAAACGCGGCGGCGACAAGAGCCACGAGAGCGACAAAAACGCGGGCAACGCGCAAACGGCGAGAAGGAACGCAAACCAGCGCCAGGACGGUGAGCAGCGGCCGCAGAUUUAUCCGUGGAUGACAAAACUGCACAUGAGUCACGAAUCGGAGGGUAAGCGCUCCAGGACCAGUUACACCCGCUACCAGACUCUGGAGCUGGAGAAAGAGUUUCACUUCAACCGCUACCUGAGCCGCCGCAGGCGCGUAGAGAUCGCCAACACGCUGUGUCUAAACGAGAGGCAGAUCAAAAUCUGGUUCCAGAACAGGCGGAUGAAGUGGAAGAAGGACUCAAAGAUCAAAGUGAAGGAGUAAAAUAAGA